GUGUGGGCGAGAUACGCUUCUACAUAUAGAAUUCUCCGGCCUCGAGGCUAUUGACAGUCUCCACUUCAAGUGAUUUGGUCUUUCUGCUUGGUGGUACGGUAUUUGGUUGGCGUAUCCGUCUAUUUUUAUUGAACAAUGUCCGAAGAGUGGAAAAAACGGUGUGAGAACCAUGUAGAUGAACACAAAAGCUUGAAACAUUUACACAUAACAGAUCACCAGGGUACUCCAUACGGCUCAUCUAGUCCUGAUUUCCAACUAUCUCCCGAGUUUGUGCUUCAGCUCAAAUCACUGCUCAAUGAUAACAAGGAAACCUCUUUUACGUUCAUGAAUGAAAAGUAUAUCAUCAUAAGACGCGAGCCGACUAGUUUUAUCAGCAGAUGUCUCAAGAAGUCAAUUAUAUUUCAUAUGACACCAAAACGUUAGUCUCAUUCUAUGUACAUUAAUGUUACUUUUCAUCCUUUUAUAUAUGCCGACCAAUAAAUCGAUAGUUCAUAUCUGCAACUGAUCCAUUAGACAUCUGAGUUAAUGCCACUUUAUGGUAACUCUUGUUAAACAACGAAAUGAUCCACGUAUAUGUCUGUCAAAUAGUGUAACAUUUACCAACUGUAGGUCAGUAUGCUGUGCCUGAAGUCACUUUGUGGGGACUAAUGAUGCUGCUCGACUUUGAAACCAUAGAUGAGACGUGAUAUCAAUUAGCACAUCAGCGACCAAAACUUGAGUGCUUUAACCACUCACUGAAUAUAGGCACAAUAUGUCUUUGUGUUUAUUAGUUUAUAGCGGAUCAUAUUUUGCAGUUUAAAUGAACUUUUAUAAAGUAAAUUUAUUCCAGUGUUUCUAAGUAUUUGUAAGGGAAACUCACGUCAGAACGUUCGCAAUUUGAUUGAGAAAACAAGUAUAUUUUACUAAGCCACUAGUUAGCGGUUUGCUCAUCCGUAACCUUUAUUGUUAGACUUUGGUUCUUUAUUGUAAUCCUUUUGUAAUAAUUUCAAUGCUUUCUAACGUAGACGUAUGCUGUAGUCUAAAACUGUACAUAGUGAGUGAACGGCCUUGUGCAAGUAGUAACGUGCUUCAAUUAGCUUUUAUUUUCAUUAUCAGCGAAUUUGUAUUCUAUUUCAUUUUGGGAUCCUAUCGGUGUACCACAUAUGAUAUAGUUUCGAAUGCAAUUCAACCAGUGAUACGAAACAGAUAAUAUCAGUCUCGCUCUUCAAAAUACCUCUUGGUGUUUUAUCAAUUCAAAGUACUUGCAAAACUAUUCACGGCUUACUUUUUGGUAUAGGCUACGAAGGCAGUUGUUAUACGUACUACUUUGUAUCAGUAGUGCCAAGUUCCGUCUAUCGACAUUAUGGAGUCAGUUGCACUGUCAAGCACGAAGAUUAUACAGGACUCAAUCAUGUAAAGUCGAUUUCCAUAUUUUUAUAAUAACAAUACGGAAUGAAAGAUCAAGUCCAAACUCCCAAUCUAGUGAGACUUCUGUGUUCGAGUUAUUCGGUCAUAGCUUUUAAGCGAAACUAGUUUUGCUAUGUGUACGGUAGACUCUAUUUAUAUUUAAUUUAGUUAGCUCACCUCCCCAUCUCUGUCCACUAAUUUACAUCAUACCAUUAAUUGUGCAUACAAAUAUUUUAUUUAUAUUUUAUUUUACAAUAUUUGCAUAUAAGUGACUGUUUUAUUUACUCAAAUAAUUCAGUCGGCCAGCGGUUCUGUCUUUUGAUGUUCAUUCAGUUGCGAUUUGAGGACUCAAAAAGUCAAAGUGGAUAAAACCAACAGGAUGGAUUUCGUGAGUAAUGUCUAUUCAGCCAUCUCUUCAGUGUUCGUUCGACCUGCGUUCGAUCUCAAUCAAAAUGAAGGUUGUUACAGGUUUGUAAAUUGGCCGUAUCCUGCACCCAUUUUGUGAGGGAUAUUACUGUAAAUUUUUUGUUUAGUCUUUUGCUAAACAACUCAAGUAUUGCUCAUCAGGAAUACUGUCCUAUUCUGACUUCUUGCUGCAUACUUCUCAAAUGCACUCAUACAGUGAUUACUAAUGCAUUUAUUGUUCUAAACAUUUUAUUUUCAGUUUGCUUGGUUGGACAGACUAUCGACGAUAAUCUAAAUAAUUGCAAUCCAGGGAAUCAUGCAAUGAGCUGUAUUUGCGAUUAUUACAAGAAAUAUAAUUACUAAUUAACUUUGCGUACGAUGUAAUACAUCGUUCUUCUGAUGUAUUUGAUUGAUACACCAAUAAAUAUUGCCCAUGUAUUAACCUUUGCUUGUUUCCAUUUUUGGACUAUUCAUUUUCGUCUGUAGGGUUUUAUCUGAUUCGAUUUGAGGUUUAAUACUGCUACCACCAACUUAUAGCACUGAUGUUUGUGUUUGCUUAGAUCAUCAUGUUCCAUGUUUUUGAAAAUGAAUAUUGUGACUUAAGUGCUACAGUUUCGUUUCUGAAAUCCGAUGCAGUGUAUUUCGUCUGUAAAAAUCUUUGAACAUUUUAAAAGUUCCCUAUGCAUUAUUAUUAGCUUGCUUGUUUUCAUGAAUUGGUUUCAUAUAUUUACUAAAAUUUCAAAUCGCCAAACUAUCGCCUACCUGAAUAAGGGCAAUGUAUUUUGUAAUAAUUCAAUUAUUAAAUGAAAGCCUUUGCUAC